GGGUCCUUUGCCGCACAAGGAAAUCAUUUUUACUUAUCAACACAAGUCCGAUGUUUAUUUUGAGAGAAAUCGAAGAAUGCUUGCUGAGGGCAAGAGAUUAUUAAACAUGGAUGAGAAAGAGGUGAGCUCCUUUAGUAACAAGGAGAAAGACAGAGAGGGUGAUAGACGGCCCACCUCCUCCCGGGAUAAAGUGAAGGAUGAGGCAAAGAUGAGUGGCAAGAAAGAUGUCGGUAAGGCCGCAGAGGAAAAGAGGAGAAGACUCGAGGAGGACAAAAGAAAGAAGGAAGAAAAGGAGCGGAAACGGAAAGAAGAGGAGAAACUGAAGGCAGAGGAGGAGCAGAGGAAGAAGGAGGAAGAUGAGAAGAAGCAGCAGGAGGAGCAGGAGAGGAAAGUUCAGGAGGAGGAGGCCAAGAGACAGCGUGAAGAGGAGGCAGCUCAACUCAAGGAGAAGGAAGAGGGUCACCAGCUCCACCAGGAGGCCUGGGAGCGCCACCAGUGCCGGAAGGAGCUGCGCAUCCGCAACCAGAACGCCCACGAGGGCCGUCCCGAGGAAACCUUCUUUAGCCGCCUUGACUCCAGCUUGAAGAAGAAUACGGCCUUCGUCAAGAAGCUGCGCACGCUCACUGAGCAGCAGCGUGAAGCCCUCUCCAAUGACUUCGGCUCGCUCAACCUCAGCAAGUACAUCGGCGAGGCGGUGGGCUCGGUGGUGGAGGCCAAGCUGAAGAUCUCUGAUGUGGGCUGCGCCGUGCACCUAUGCUCCCUCUUUCACCAACGCUACGCUGAAUUUGCCCCAUUGCUCCUCCAAGCCUGGAAGAGGCACUUUGAGGCGCGCAAGGAGGAGAAGGCACCCAACGUGAGCAAGCUGCGCACCGACCUGCGCUUCAUCGCAGAGCUUACCAUCGUGGGCCUGUUUACGGACAAGGAGGGCCUUUCGCUCAUCUACGAGCAGCUGAAGAACAUCAUCGGGACAGACCGCGAGACACACACGCAUGUGUCGGUGGUCAUCAGCUUCUGUAAGCACUGCGGGGACGACAUCGCGGGCCUGGUGCCUCGCAAAGUGAAGGCUGCACGGGAGAAGUUUGGUCUGGCCUUCCCUCCCAGUGAGAUCAUCAACACGGAGAAGCAGCAGCCCUUCCAGAACCUUCUGAGGGAGUACUUCACCUCGCUCACCAAGCACCUGAAGAAGGACCACCGCGAGUUGCAGAACAUCGAGAGGCAGAACAGGCGUAUCCUCCACUCCAAAGGGGAGCUGAGUGAGGACAGACACAAGCAGUAUGAGGAGUUUGCUACAUCCUACCAGAAGUUGCUGGCUAACACCCAGUCUCUGGCUGACUUUCUGGAUGAGAACAUGCCAGAACUUCCACUGGACAAGACUGUGCAGGAAGAGCACGGCCCUGGCAUUGACAUCUUCACCCCUGGGAAGCCCGGGGAGUAUGACCUGGAGGGGGGCAUCUGGGAGGACGAGGAUGCCAGGAACUUCUAUGAGAACAUGGUGGACCUGAAGGCCUUUGUCCCCGCCAUCCUGUUCAAAGAUAACGAGAAGGGCAAGGACAAAGAAGAGGCUGCUGGUAAAGAGGCUAAAGAGGCUGCGGCCACCACAGAGGAGUUGGAGUUGGAGCUCGAGGCUCUAGACAUCGCUGAUGACCCUCUGGAGCUGGAUGGACCUGACGAGGCAGAGAACGAGGCAGAGCUUGCCAAAAAACUAUUGGACGAGCAAGAACAAGAGGAUGAGGAGGCAAGCACCGGGUCCCACCUGAAGCUCAUCGUGGACGCUUUCAUCCAGCAGCUUCCCAACUGCGUCAACAGAGACCUCAUAGACAAGGCUGCCAUGGAUUUCUGCAUGAACAUGAACACCAAGUCAAACAGGAGGAAGCUGGUCCGGGCUCUCUUCACCGUUCCCAGACAAAGGUUGGAUCUGCUGCCCUUUUACUCCCGUCUGGUGGCCACCCUUCACCCCUGCAUGUCAGAUGUGGCCGAUGACCUGUGCUCCAUACUCAAAGGAGACUUCAGGUUCCAUAUCCGGAAGAAGGACCAGAUCAACAUCGAAACCAAAAAUAAAACUGUACGGUUUAUCGGGGAGCUGGCGAAGUUCAAGCUCUUCUCUAAAACGGACACUCUGCAUUGUCUGAAGAUGCUGCUGUCAGACUUCUCCCACCACCACAUAGAGAUGGCCUGCACUCUGCUGGAAACCAGUGGACGCUUCCUCUUCCGAUCCCCCGACUCCCACCUCCGGACCAGCGUCCUUCUGGAGCAAAUGAUGCGUAAGAAGCAGGCGCAGCACCUGGAUGCUCGCUACGUGACCAUGGUGGAGAAUGCCUACUACUACUGCAACCCUCCGCCCAUGGAGAAGACUGUCAGGAAGAAGAGGCCCCCGCUGCAGGAGUACAUCCGCAAACUGCUCUACAAGGACCUCUCCAAGGUCACCACGGAGAAGGUGUUGAGGCAGAUGCGUAAACUCCCCUGGCAGGACCCAGAGUCUAAAGGCUACCUGAUCUGUUGCAUGGUCAACAUCUGGAACAUCAAGUACAACAGCAUUCACUGUGUGGCCAACCUGCUGGCCGGCCUAGUGGCCUACCAGGAGGACGUGGGCAUCCACGUGGUGGAUGGGGUCCUGGAGGACAUCCGCCUGGGAAUGGAGGUGAACCAGCCCAAGUUCAACCAGCGUCGGAUCAGCAGUGCCAAGUUUCUGGGGGAGCUCUACAACUACCGCAUGGUGGAGUCAGCGGUCAUCUUCCGCACCCUCUUCUCCUUCAUCUCGUUCGGCGUGAACCCGGACGGCAGCCCCAGCCCCCUGGACCCCCCCGAGCACCUGUUCCGCAUCCGCAUGGUCUGCACCCUGCUUGACACCUGCGGACAGUACUUUGACCGCGGCUCCAGCAAGAGGAAGCUGGACUGCUUCCUCAUCUACUUCCAGAGGUAUAUCUGGUGGAAGAAGAGUGUGGAGGUGUGGAGUGCGGAACACCAGUUCCCCAUCGACAUUGACUACAUGAUCAGUGACACCCUGGAGCUUCUCCGGCCCAAGAUGAAGCUCUGCAUCUCCCUGGAAGACUCCACACGACACGUCACCGAGUUGGAGAGGGAGUUCCUUGUUAAACUGGGACUGGCCAUGGAUGGACAGAAGGACGGCCGGCCCUCCAGUGCCAUGGGGAGUGAAGGCGAGGCUCUAGACGAGGAUGACGAGGAUGACGACGAAGAGGGAGGGGCGGACACAGAGGAACAGUCUGGCAAUGAGAGCGAGAUGAACGAGCUAGAGGAAGAAGAAGGGUCUGAGAAUGAGGAAGAGGAGCGGGAGGAAGAGGAGGAGGAGAACACUGACUAUCUGACCGACUCCAACAAGGAGAACGAGACGGACGAGGAGAACAAUGAGGUGACCAUCCGUGGUGGCGGUCUGAAGCAUGUGGCAUGUGCUGAGGAUGAGGACUUCAUCCAGGCUCUGGACAAGAUGAUGCUGGAGAACCUGCAGCAGCGGAGUGGGGAGGCGGUGAAGGUGCACCAGUUGGACGUGGCCAUCCCCCUGCAGCUGAAGAGCCAGCUGAAGAAAGGCCCUGGAGGACCCAUCUGCUCUGGAGAGGGAGACGGAGGCAUCUCAGACACCAUGCAGUUUGUCAUGCUCACGCGCAAGGGCAACAAACAGCAGUUUAAGAUCCUGAACGUGCCUUUAUCCUCCCACCUGGCUGCCAACCACUUCAACCAGCAGCAGGCAGAGCAGGAGGAGAGGAUGAGGAUGAAGAAGCUCACUCUGGACAUCAACGAGAGACAGGAGCAAGAAGACUACCAAGAAAUGAUGGCGUCUCUGGCCCAGCGGCCCGCUCCUGCCAACACCAACCGGGAGCGGCGCCCGCGCUACCAACACCCCAAAGGGGCACCCAACGCCGACCUCAUCUUCAAGACCGGAGGAAGACGCUAGACCAUUGCAACCUAUGGAUGGAAGGAGAUGCAAUAAUGAUGGAGAUGCUGAUUGGAGUCUGGCCGAGGGAGCAAGCAAAUGAGAGAGCAAGACAGGGCGAGCGGACCAUCGGUCUCGCCUGAGCAGGGAGUGAGUCCGCCAGCCGCCCACUGACGCAAGCGCAGACCCCCACACCUAACCCCGCCGCCGGAGGAAGAGAAGGAGAAAGGGCAUCAACGAGGGGUGGGGAAGAGGGGGGCACCCCCUUCAGCCAGCUAAGGCGUUCCAGAGAACACCCCUUCCUUUCUGUGCGUCGCCCGGGACGACACCAGCACAGCAGCACAAACACCCACCCCGCCCGAACAAAAGAACGAAUCAAUAGAUGAAAGAACGAUCGACCAGCUGUCGGACGUAUGUACGGGCAGACAUGGACGAAGACAAACAGACGCACGGACAGCUGGGCUGCAGGACAAGGGACUACAGUCGUCUUCUCUUCGCUCCCGUGCAGGAUGAGGAUAUGGUGUACAAGGGCUCACAAGAGGAGGACAAUGGACAGAAUGUGUGAAAGCAAAGGGGACGGGUGAGGGUGUAACAUCUUUGGAGAUGAACUGUGCUUCUCUUACUGGGAACAGAUCUGUUGUUCAGUCUUUUUUUUCUCUUUAUCUAGCUAAAUCACACACUGUUCAAAGGCAGCUUGAUGGAGGAGGAGGAGGAGGAGAGGGAGCACAGAUGGGGUCACCACUACUAAAUGACUCGAUAAACAAGGGAACAAGGAGGACAGGAUGAUGUACAGAAAGACGUGGUUGCUUGUGUGAGCAAGGGUUACAGGUGUAGGAUUUUCAUUUGAGUCAGUUUGCUACACCAGGACAAUAAUCCUGCAGCAACAGGAAAUGUGAAUUAUUAUGAUUAACAGACUUUUUGGUUGAUACAUUUUUGUAAAGUUGAAAUUAAAAUCUUCAGAAGCCUUUUUAAACCUCAUGAACUACACGUUUUAAAAUGUCCUGCAUUGCAGGAAAGUAAGUUGUCCUGCAACAGGGUGAUCAAAUGAAGAUCCUACAUCUGUACCAUAGAGAUGGUUUGCUCCUCCUAACCCUGUUGGAAGUGGAACACCUUGUCACUGUGACGACCCUGACCCCGAGGCUGUUACAAGACCAGGGUUGACUGACCAGCGUUUCAUCAUCAGAAAUAAAAAAUAAAAUAUAAGUGAUGAAUAUAAUACAUAUUCUUUAUUUUUUCAGCAUUUUUGCUUUCUAGAUGUUUCCUUUAUUUUCAUGAAAAAUAUAUACUUUUUUGGGGUGAUAUACAGUUUGUUGAUUUGGAAUUUGUCUGCUGUAUUGUAGUUUUUGACAAAUGGAUAAGAUACUUAUCUGUGCUCUUGCCUCCUGAGUCAUACUCAGUGAUGAUCAUUUCUGUUUGAUUAUUUCUGUCUGUUGAAUAUAUAGAUAGAUAAUCUGUACUGUACUGCAUGGGCUUUUCUGCACCAGCUCUGUAAGCUGAUUUCUGCCUGUGUUUCAGUAAAAGUGUCAGUUUGUGACUCAC